AUGUCAGACGUUGUCUUGCGCACGCCAUUCACAAUUAGGGAACGCGGGUGGCAAUGCCUUGUGCGGCGUUCUCCUCCUCCCGUCUUUGCCGUGGCAGGAUACAGCCCUGAGAACACCACCUGGGAUGAGGUGCGCCUACUGGUGGUGGGCGCUGGCGGAAUUGGCUGUGAGGUUCUGCACACUUUGGCACUGAGUGGGUUUACAGACAUCACAGUUGUGGACAUGGACACCAUCGAACUCUCCAACCUCAAUCGACAGUUUUUCUUUUCGGAGGCAGACAUUGGUCGCAGCAAAGCGGAGGUAGCCGCGGCAUUUGUGGAGCGGCGUUGCCCAGGUGUGAAGGUACAUGUGGUAUUUGGACGUAUUGAGGACCAAACUGAUGACUUUUAUCGACAGUUUCAUGCCGUCAUUUUAGCAGUAGACUCCGUGGCGGCACGGCGGUGGAUUAAUCAAAAGAUUGCGGAAAUUGCCCUCUGGGAGAUUGUGGAUGUCGCGAAGGAAGGGCACGAGGGACGCAAGGAGAAACGUAUCACCAGUUCGAUUCCUUUUAUUGACACCGGUACGGAGGGGUACGAGGCCUCCUGUCGUGUCAUUCUCCUGGAGACGGGAAACACACCCUGCAUUGAAUGUGUGCUGGAUCUUUACCCCCCGCGGAAGACGGUGCCAUUCUGUACGCUAGAGAAUGUUCCGCGGUCUCCGGAGCACUGUGUUCUAUAUGUGCAAUUUCGUCUGUGGAAAGAACGGCGUCCGGGUGAGACACUUGAUAGCGAUGACAGAGAGCACAUGGAGUGGAUCUGCAAUGAGGCCCAGCGUCGCAAGGAGGCCUUUGGUAUCACAGGGCCCGACAUUGACUUUUCUUUUGCACUCGGGGUUGUUAAGAACAUUGUGCCAGCUGUCGGCUUCACCAAUGCGUUGGUGGCCGGCCAGGCGACUCUGGAGCUUAUGAAGCUGUUGACAGGUGUUGCUCCAUCGAUGCAAAGCUUUUCUUAUUUCAACGGUGCUGCAGAAUGUGGGGGGUUGACUUCAUACGUGACGCCCCUCUCUCCAAAUCCCUUAUGCCCCGUUUGCGCCCCACGUCCUGUUCUGCUGCUCACAUCUCAAAUGACCCCACGACGCGUACUGGCUGCUGUGAAGGAGCAAAUUCGACUUCCCACUGCUGUGCAUGGGAAGUGCGAGCUUCAAGAGAGCUCAUGGUCCGAUGGAACAUUACGGGUGCGUUUUGAGGGUGAUGCUGAGGUCUGUCUCCUUUACAAGAAAACAAAUCCAUUGCGGACUCGCAUUGUUGGAUCCACCAUUGAGGAGAUCUUUGCGGCAAGUGGUCACGCGGAUGCCUUUUCGCGGUGGUGUAGCGGGAGUGGAGUGACUUUCAACGUAGAGUACAGCUCCACGGACGUGUAUUUCUCUGCCGAGGCCCUAAUGUCAGGGGAUGCGAGAGCAUGA